UGGGACAGAUGUGUCCGAUGUUGAUAAAAAAACGCUCGAGAUGUAAAAAAUGCAUCCGGUGCGGAUUCUCAAACGCUGCAAUAGUUUGUUACCGCUAAAAUCCAAAGAAAGAUAUAGGUACCAUGCAGAAAGAAUCGCAGAAGGUCCUAGAAUUAGACGAUACGGCUACGAUGAUAGAAUGUUACAAAGUGGUUUAUUGCCCCGUGUAAAAGAUGGAGAAAGUUUACCAAUACCCUUAUACAAACCAAAGAACAGUUGGUCAGAAAAAAGAGCCUUGUUUGGACAAAACGAUUACAUAGACAUACUAGGCAAUGAAAAGUUACAUCCUACAAAAAUAUUGUACAAUAUGCCGAGAUGGUUAAGAGGUGUAGGAGGAAAUGAAUAUCAAGUGAUGCUUAGGAAGCGAAAAAUGUUGGGUCAGACAGUGUAUCCCAUAGCAAGGCCCACUAAAUGGUAUCAAUUAGAAAAGAGAAUUCAUUGGUUGUACAAAUUUUUGAAUAGGAAAACUAAAACGAGUUAUUAUUAAUUUUUUUUGUAAUAUAA